UCAAGGGACAAAUCUGUAGCCCCUGAUGUGUUUGCAGUGUGAUGUUUGCUCCUCCAGCUGCUCUCUCCACUUCAGUGUUGGUGCCUGGAAAAUAGAAUGCAUCUUUGCAAUUGGGCUACGGGGCUGAUGAUUGGCUGCCUGAUCUACCCCGACGGCUGGGACUCCGCCGAGGUGAGGAGAAUGUGCGGGGACAAAACGGACAAAUACACGCUGGGCGCGUGCAGCGUGCGCUGGGCCUACAUCCUGUGCAUCAUCGGCAUCCUGGACGCCCUCAUCCUCUCCUUCCUGGCCUUCGUGCUGGGCAACCGGCAGGACCACCUGCUGCCCGCGGACUUCAAAGUGGAGGAGAACGAAGAGGGAAAUGACUGACAGAGCUGAUCACCAUGGACAUCCAGAGCUCUUCUUCCAUCAGCCCUUUUCUUUGAAGGGACUCUUCUAGGAAGCUUAAACUUCCCAAAUUCCGUGGAUUUUCUACAGCUGUUUUCUUCACCCAUGGGGCUGCUCUUGGCUCACAGCUCUUGUGGAGCUUAUUUGGUGAAAAGAGCCCAAAAUGGACAUUAUGAGUUUUUCUGAGUCCAUCAGCAAGAGGGACAAGAGGGCAAGGAUGGCAAUUUGCUGCUUUUUGGGGGGUUUGUACACAUUCUUUCAAGGAAAUUAUUUAUCAAUAAAAAAAAAAAAAAACAAAAAUAAUACCAAACCACCAAAAUAUCAGUGUUUUGGGUUUUGUGCUUUUCUCCUGAGGGCAGAGGAAACCCUCUGUAUUUUAGAAUGGAAAAAUUCCAGCAGUUCUAUUUUUUACUCUUCUCCCCUUUUUAAAAUGGAUCACAACACCAGCAACAAAAUCUAUCUCAUUCUGGAAAUCAAAGCUGAAUGUUCACUAGUGAAGCAAAUUCCAUCCCUAAGCCCCUGACUCAGAACAGAAUUACAAGGGGAAUGUAUGAAAACCAGGGCUCAGUUAUUAAAUAAUCUGUUUAUUGCAGGGCUUUCACAAAGGAGAAAACAAAAAAAAAAAAAAAGACAAAGCACCCAAGUAGAAAGAAUAAAAAUGUAUUUUCCUUCAGGUUUUAGACUGACACAAGUACAAAUCCUUUAGUGUGAGCAUGUCACAGCAAUUUGGAAAUGAACAGACCCCAAGUGAACGAGCAGAGAGUACAAGACUGAACCAUGAAAUCAUGAUUUCUGCAGGGCUUCCCCUCACUGGCUUGGCUAUCGUGGUAAAAACCCCUCAUCCAGUCAGGGCUGGCAAGGGAAGGGAAGGGAAGGAAGGAUGGGCAGGGGCUUUCAAGAGUCAAAGAGUGCAGACCCCUGUGGGAAAUGUUCCUUCAUCAGCCAGGCUCGAGCAGGCACGACUGGGUUUGAGCUUUCAGCACCACAGGAAUUGUUUGCCCUGCCAAAGUGAUCUUCAGUCAGCUGGAACCCACUCCUGCCUGCAGUGCUCCUGUAACAGGUACAGAAGUGACCCACAACUGGAAAAUGCCAGAUAAAAGGG